AUGAACUUGGAGCAAAAUGAGAAGUUAACUGAGCUGCUGACCAAGAUGAAGAUGCUGGAUGAUAUAGAUGCCAAAAAUAAACUAAAUGAUGAAAGUGGAGAUACUGAAGCGCUUCCGAUAAUGGAGAUAAGAGAAGAACUCGACGAUAACGAUGGGGUGCUCAGAUCCACAGUUAAACAGGCUGAACUGAACAACGAUGAGUUGGAAACUCUGGUAGAGAAGAUCGUUGAACUAGAGGAUAAAAACAACGCUUCUUCGCAGAUAGAGGAGAUAAAAGAGCAAGCUAAAGAUACCGAUGCUGAAGAGGAAACUGAGACAAGAGUGGUUCAAGAUAGAACAGUGCUUAUAAAGAAUACAGAGAAGAAGGAUGAGAGCCUACCAUCUGACAAUCCAGACGAUGUCGAGCUCGUCGAUGAUCUUCUGGAGGAAAUGUAUGUUAGCAAGUCAGGGAACCAACCUUCCACUAAUGGAAACGAGCAUGCUGCAGUGGGGCUUAAACCUAUUCUCAAGCAAGCGUCUCAGAGUUCAAGAUUUAAACGAAAGAAGAAAGGCAAACAGACCAAAGAAAGCAAAACUGUGGCAUUUACGCAUUCAGAGGUUAGAGAGUUUGACACGACCGAGUCAGUGGUGAAUGCAAGCUCCAAAGUAAAUACUGCUCCAGCCAUUGAUCCUGAGGAGCUUUUAAGUUUGGAAGUUAUUGCAGGUGAGAUGGAACAUGAAGGUCUUGAUGUAGACGAAGAUUCAAGUUUACCCAUCGAAGGUGAAUUUGAUUACGACUUUGAAGAUGAAGACGAUGAUAGUGAAGAUGAUAUCUCGUGGAUACCUGAUAGCGACUCCGCAAACGGUAUGCUUUGGAGCCAAGUUCAAAAAUUGAGACAAGAAAAGGAAAGACCAAAAGAAUCAGCAGUAGUAGCCGAUAUAGUAGAGACUAUUCCCAUACCUGAUGAUUCGAACCCUAUUCCGGAUCAGCCUGUGUCGGAGGUUGUGCUUGAGAGGAGCAUUACUGAGGCUCCUUUGCCUAUGGAGAUUGUGGAUGAAGUGAACCUUGGAUUUAAUAAGAAUAAUUCAAACGAUCAAGAACAUCUAAAGACGAAUCCCAAAACUGCUAAAGUAUCUAGAUUUAAGAGGUCGCUGUCUAACAAAUCUGCCAAUGUGAUAGAAAAUCACACCGUUCAGCCAAAAAUUAUACCUCCCAGCAUAGAAAAAUCUGACAAGAUUGAAGAAAUUAUAGACCCAAAGCCUGAAACAGAGCCAACUGAGGUGGAACCAUCAAAUGAUAUUUCAAUAGUGCAACCAACACUUGACUACCCAUCUUUAAAUGAUGAUAUAGAUAGCAUGGCAAAGGCCUAUGUUUUGGGCCUAUAUGAUGAUGACAUACAAACCGAAGGCGAAGUAGUGAAUGAACUCAAAGAUUUUGAGAAGAUCAAUGCUAUCGUCGAAGCCAGAGAAAGGAAGGAGAAUUCCAAGCAAAAACAAGAGGGAGAAGAAGAAUUACCGGAAGAUAAGAGCAUACUGACUGAUGUUAUGGAACAUGAAACUGAUGAUGACGAUGAAGAAGAGUUUGAACUUGACGAGCACGCCCCCAUAAUGUCCGUCGAAGAUACCGACCUUGAUAUCCAGUUGUCCACCGAUCAACUUGAUCAACAAAUUAAUCUUGACUACCAUACACUUAGACAGAAGAUGGUACAUUUAUAUAAUGGAGGAUUUAAGAAAUCCGAAAAAGAGCAGGAAAUUGAACCUAUAGAUGAGAAUGGAAAUCCCAUCAAAAUCAGCAGAUUUAGAGCUGCCCGAUUGAAUCUAAAUGUUUAG